AUGCCCGGACGCCUUCACAACAAAACCGCUCUCAUUACAGGCACCUCAUCCGGCCUGGGCGCCGCCAUAGCGACCGCCUACGCCCGUGAAGGGGCGAACGUCUGCUGCGUUGACCUGUACCCUACCCCGCGAAACCCGAUUAACGCCUCAACCGGCAAAGCGGACUCAUUCCACAACCGCCUAUCAGACCAGCAAUCGACGCACGAGCACCUUCAACAGACCUAUGGUGGGAAUAUCGUACGCGCCAUCUUUAUUCGCGCCAAUGUCACCCUUGCUGAAGAUGUCGAAGCCGCUAUUCAGGCAUGCAUCAAGCAAUUCGGCAGGCUCGACAUCAUGGUCAACAAUGCUGGGAUAUCGGUCGAGAGUACCCAUACCAAGGUGAUGAGGAUACACGAGACCGAGGAAGAAGACUACGACAAUACCAUGGCAGUCAAUGCCAAGGGCAUAUUUCUGGGGUGCAAAUACGCCGUGAAGCAGAUGUUAGAGCAGGACCCUCUGCAGAAUUCAUCUGCUGAUGAUACCUCUCCACCUUCUCGCGGCUGGAUAAUCAACACGGCCUCUGUCCAAGGCCUAGUUCCGUACUACGGCACCCCAUCUUACUGUGCCAGCAAAGGCGCGGCGGUUAUGUUGACCAAACAAGUCGCGCUGGAUUAUGCCCAGGAUAGGAUCCACUGCAAUGCCCUUUGUCCCGGAUUCUUGCAUACUUCGAUGACACAGAAUCUGCAGAGUCAACCGGGGGUGGUGACGGAAAUCUCGGGUAAGCAUCCUUUUGGCGGGAUGGGCAGAGUGGAGGAUGUGGCGAGAAUGGCGGUCGUACUGGCAAGUGAGGAUGUUAGAUGGAUGACUGGCGUGCCGCUGCCUAUCGAGGGAGGGUAUUUGCUUCACUGA